AUGUUCGCGGCACCAGGGACAGCAGCUGGGAGACCUUACACCUGCAGCGAGUGCGGCAAGAGCUUCCGCUACAGUUCUGUUCUCCUGCGGCACGAGCGUACCUGCCAUGGUGGUGAGAGUCGCUUCCGAUGCCUCGAAUGUGGUGAGCGCUGUGUGAAAGCAGCAGAUCUCCGGGAGCACAGGCGCGCCCACGCUGGAGAAACACUGUACAUCUGCAGCGAGUGUGGCCAAAGCUUUCACCACAGCGGCCGUCUAGACUUGCACCAGGGCGCACACCGACGGCGUAGCCGCGCUUGCCCCUGCAGAGUUUGUGGCCGCCGCUUCCCACACCUCCCAGCGUUGCUGCUACAUCGGCGCCUCUGGCACCCUCCUGAGAGGUCCCGACGCUGCCCUCUGUGUGCUCGCACCUUCCGCCAGAGCGCCCUGCGAUUCCAUCAGGAGCGGGCACAUCCGCUGGGGGCAUCUGCCGCACCCACCAACCAGCCACACACCUGUGCAUUGUGUCCACGGGCCUUCAGAAGCCGAGCAGGGCUGCGGAGCCACGCUCGCGUCCACACCUCCAGAAGCCCUGUUGACCUUGCAGGCCAGCAGCUGCCCGCUCGGGACUAUCAGUGUGGCGUGUGCGGCAAGAGCUUCGGUAAGAGCUCAACGUUGACGCGACACUUGCAAACACACUCCGGCGAGAAGCCUUUCAAGUGCCCAGAGUGUGGCAAAGGCUUCUUGGAGAGUGCCACGCUGGUGCGGCACCAGCGUACACACACGGGUGAAAAGCCGUACGUGUGCAAUGACUGUGGGCGCUGCUUCAGUGAGAGUUCCACUUUGCUGCGCCAUCGGCGUAGCCACCAGGGUGAACGGCCACACGCGUGCGGCACAUGCGGCAAAGGCUUUGGGCAGCGCUCAGACUUAGUGGUCCAUCAACGUAUCCACACGGGGGAGAAGCCUUUUCCUUGUCCUGAGUGCGGCCGCCGCUUCAGCGACCGCUCAGACCUUACCAAGCACCGGCGUACGCACACCGGCGAGAAGCCCUACCGCUGUGAGCAGUGUGGCAAGCGCUUCACGUGUGUGUCCAAUCUCAAUGUGCACCGGCGCAACCAUGCCGGCUACAAGCCCCACAAGUGCCCUGAGUGUGGCAAGGCCUUUAGUGUGGGUUCCAAGCUGGCGCUGCACCGCAAGACACACCUAGGGGAACGACCAGCUGAGUGUGCUGAGUGUGGCAAGUGCUUUAGCCACAGCCGCUCACUGUCACAGCACCAGCGCGCCCACACACGUGCCCGCGCUGCUGCAACUAAGACCACCUCAGAUGUUAGCUCCACAGGUGCUCCCCUUAUUUUUACAAGGGAGUCUGGACAGUAA